AACAUUUUUUUUUCUUACAUAAAUUAAUAAUUAAUUAAUUAAAGAAAAAACAACAACAUUCCAACCGCCGGCACCAACUUCCAUUUCCGACCAACCAAACAUCCUCAAAACUCUCAAAAACACGAAAUCACACACAAAUUCAAACAUUGUUGACAUCCCAAAGGUCAAAACGACAUAAAAGGUUUUGAUGGGUUUUUGCUGAUGGAGUGUAGAUCAUCAUCAAUUUCAAUAUGUAUGAAUGAAUUAUGUGGAGCUCAAUUAAUAUCAGUUGAACAUAAAAAAGGUUGGAUUUUGCGAUCUGGUGAUUUUGCUAAACUUUGUUUUAACUGCGGUACUGCGUAUGAACGACUAGCAUUCUGUGAAUUAUUCCACCUAGAGGACACUGGUUGGAGGGAGUGCACUUUAUGUAACAAGCGACUCCAUUGUGGAUGUAUUGCUUCUAGUGCUUUCAUUGAACUAUUAGAAAACGGUGGUGUAAAGUGUGUCAUUUGCUCAAAUAAUUCGAUACGUGAUCAUAGCACUAGUGAGGAUAAGCUUGCAGAAUGUGGUGUUUCAGCUGAAAAUAGUGUUGGAGAAGUACGAUCCUCUUCUACUAAAAUGUUGAAACAAUCAUGUGAUGAUGAUGCAUCUACAAGUCAAACGAAACAUGAAGAAUGCUUACCGCGUGUAGGAGAAAUUCAAAACAAUUCAACAACAAUUUCAACAUUUGAUGGAACUUCUGAUUAUAGAGAAAGUACAGGUGCUAAAGAUGUAUAUGGAUCAGCUGUACAAACCGACUUAACUAUCGGUUUGGCUUCUUCUUCACAAAAACCCAUUUUCGUUCCCAAUGCGGUUGGGCCUUGGUCUCGUCAUAUCUUGCCCAAAGUGCCCAAAUCCAAUCCUCCCCAAAGGUUUGAUCCAAAUGCUGGUGUGGGUUCACAGAUACGGGUUGCACGGCCACCUGUUGAGGGACGGAUCAAAAAUCAGCUACUUCCUCGGUAUUGGCCCAGGAUCACAGAACAAGAGCUACAGCAGAUAUCUGGAGACUCAAAUGCCACCAUUGUUCCACUUUUUGAAAAGAUCCUGAGUGCUAGCGAUGCAGGUCGAAUAGGUCGUUUGGUUCUCCCAAAAGCAUGUGCCGAAGCAUAUUUUCCACCUAUAUCUCAACCUGAGGGACUCCCACUGAGAAUUCAAGAUGUAAAAGGCAAAGAAUGGCUGUUUCAGUUCAGGUUUUGGCCAAAUAACAACAGCCGGAUGUAUGUUCUUGAAGGUGUCACACCAUGCAUACAAUCUAUGCAGUUAAAGGCUGGGGAUACUGUGACCUUCAGCCGUAUGGAACCCGAAGGAAAGCUUCUUAUGGGCUCCAGGAAAGCCACAGUUAGUACCUCUAUUCAGGAUCCUCGUAUAUCUGCAAUGCAUAAUGGUGUUGCUACUAUUGAGAAUCUUUCAAAUAUGAGUGAUUACUCAAACCUUCUCCAGUCACUAAAGAGAAACACAGAUUCCCAUCUAAAUUCGUUAUCAAGGAAUAUGAACUUGACCAUUGGAGAUGCCAACUGGCAUGCAAAUGAAAUGCACGGAAAUGGAAACAAGUCAAGGAUUGAUUCUUCAUUUCAACCCGACAAAAAAAGAAGUCGGAACAUCAGUUCAAAAAGUAAAAGGUUGCAUAUUGAAAGUCAAGAUGCGUUGGACCUGAAGUAUACAUGGGAAGAAUUACAGGAUAUGUUGACACCACCCGCUAAUAUGCAGCCAAGUACUGUCAUCAUCGAGGACAAUGAAUUUGAAGAAUACGAAGAACCUCCUAUUUUCGGUAAGGGGAGUAUAUUCACUGUCCGGUUAUCUGGGGAGCUAGACCAGUGGGCGCAAUGUGAUAACUGUUCAAAAUGGCGAAGGUUACCUGCUGAUUUCCUUCUCCCUGCUAAAUGGACAUGCCAAGAAAAUGUGUGGGAUCAGAGCAGGGCCGCCUGUCUUGCACCAGAUGAACUGAACCCUAGAGAACUCGAGCACCUUCUUGGGAUGGCUAAAGAAUUUCAUAAGUGGAGGAAUUCUUUGAGCCAUGGAAUAGACCAAGAGCAGGGAACAAGUGGAGCCAAUCAGACAGAGCCAUCAAUUGCAGCUACCACCAAACACCCAAGGCACCGCCCUGGCUGCUCCUGUAUAGUCUGCAGUCAACCACCUAGUGGCAAAGGUAAACACAAGCCUAAUUGCAGUUGCAAUGUCUGCAUGACAGUCAAACGCCGAUUCAAAACCCUGAUGUUACGCAAACAACAACGCCAAUCAGAGCGUGAAGCAGAAAUUGCAGAAAAAAAUCAGCUAAAAUUAGGCCCAAAUAAUGAGAUGGAAGUCAGAGAGUCUAGAUCAUCAGGCAAGGGACAAUUAGACUUGAACAUUCAUCCUAUUCGUGUACAAGACAAUCUUGCAGCAAGUACAGCCCCUGUAAGCAUGAUGAGUCUUCUCCAAGCAGCAAAUCAACCACUGGAGACAUAUAUGAAGCAAAACGGUCUAACAAGCUUAGUCUCUGAGCAACAAGCUAGCUCAGGUUCACAAGCAUUGCCACAAGCUAGCUCCGGUUGUACACUUAUGGUUCAGGAGGACGAUCCCCAAGAACCUGACCUUAAUGAUAACAGUUCGUAAAUUACUUUACACUUCCAUUUGAGUGACACCUACAAUAGUUUUCAUAGUUUUGGCAUGAGAAAUAUUACCUUUUUUUUUUUAUUAUUUUGUGAAGUUUGUGUUUCAAUGUGUAGUACAAUUUGGGGAGUUAUAUGAUGUUUAGACACGGGAUUCUAUUUGAAUACAUUUAAUAUUUUAAUGUAUGCCAUAUAUAAUUUGUAUAA